CGGCCCCCCUCUCGGCCGCCCCGCCCGCCCCAACGGUUCCCAGCGCGCCACACCAGAGCGCCAGAGCGCGGCACCGGCAUGGCCAUGGCCCCGGCCACCAGCCCCCGCCACCUCCUCCUCCUCCUGUUCCUCUGGCUCUGCGCGGCCGCCAGCACGGCCUGGGCGCAUGGAGGCGGCGGGGACGCCGACUCCGGAGACGCGGACGGCGGCGGCGAGGCGAAGCCGGACCUGCGGGCGCGGGGGCUGGUGGCGACGAAGCUGUGGUGCCUGGCGCUGGUGUUCGCGGGCACGCUGGCGGGGGGCGUGUCGCCCUACUUCAUGCGGUGGAACGAGGCGUUCCUGGCGCUGGGCACGCAGUUCGCCGGCGGGGUCUUCCUCAGCACCGCCAUGAUGCACUUCCUCAGCGACGCCAACGAGACCUUCGGGGACCUCCUCCCCCACAGCGAGUACCCGUUCGCCUUCAUGCUCGCCUGCGCCGGCUACGUCCUCACCAUGCUCGCCGAGUGCGCCAUCUCCUCCGUCGUCGCGCGCGGCCGCACCGCGCCCGCCGCCGCCGCCGCCCCGGCAACAAGCGCAGGGGAGCUGGAGGAGGGCAAGCUGAGCAGCACGAAUGGCAACGGCUCGGAUCAACAAGCAGCUGAGCAGGACGCGCACGGGCCGUCGGCGACGGGCCACUCGACGGCGUCGAUGCUGCGGAACGCCAGCACCCUCGGCGACAGCAUACUGCUCAUCGCAGCGCUCUGCUUCCACUCCGUCUUCGAGGGCAUCGCCAUCGGAGUCGCCGAGACGAAGGCGGACGCGUGGAAGGCGCUGUGGACGAUCAGCCUGCACAAGGUGUUCGCGGCGGUGGCCAUGGGCAUCGCGCUGCUCCGGAUGCUGCCCAACCGGCCGCUGCUCUCCUGCUUCGCCUACGCCUUCGCCUUCGCCGUCUCCAGCCCCAUCGGCGUCGCCGUCGGCAUCGCCAUCGACGCCACCACGCAGGGCGCCGUGGCCGACUGGAUCUUCGCCGUCUCCAUGGGCCUCGCCACCGGCAUCUUCAUCUACGUCUCCGUCAACCACCUCCUCUCCAAGGGGUACAAGCCCCAGCGGCCCGUCGCCGCCGACACGCCCCUCGGCCGCUGGCUCGCCGUCGUGCUCGGCGUCGGGGUCAUCGCCGUCGUCAUGAUAUGGGACACCUGAGCCUGAUCCUGUGAACUUGCAUUGUACGUGGGCUGGUUGGUUCAUAGUAGUACUCCUAUUUCAUAGUGGAAGUAUACUGGUAGCUUUAAUGUAGGCUAUUGCCUCAUAGUACAUGUGCUGUGAUAAGAGCUGUUUACAUAGAUUAGUAAAUUUCGCCGAGUCUCUUAAA